AUGUCGGAUCCACCUUCUCCACCACGCCCCUCUUCUCCACCCACUCUUCUCAAAAUGCCAAAAGAAAUUCUGACAUCGAUAAUAGGAGACACGACAGCGCUAGCAAUACAAUCUCUCCGGAAAACGUCGAAAAGCUUGCGAACAUUCAUCGAUGAGAAGCCAAUCAACUUGAAUCUUCCACCAGAAGCCAUAUAUUUCGUUGUUUUCGAAAAUCAAAUUGAUUUGACUAUAAUGUAUACCGAUGAGGAUCGACCGAAAGAACAUGGUAUUGAAGAGUUUCAAAUGUCGACCACCUAUAAGCAAACCGACGAGGGAUGCGUGUAUUAUAACAGUGCAGAUGUCGAUUUAUCUAUGGGAAAACUGCUGAGAGGUGAAGAUAGCUUCGAAAUCGCCUACAAUGAUUUUGAAUCCUUCCUAAGAGGUCAUGCUGGCGUUUUGGAGGAAUGCAGUGUGGAAUUUCAACCCAUUCAAUCAGAAAUCAAACGUCAAAAAUCAGCUGAUCUACAACAAAAGCUGAUCGCAUACCUACAGUCGAGAAGUGAAUUAUUCCAAGUUGAGGAACUAUCUAUCACUGCCCCAACAGGAACUGAGAUACUGUCACUCUUGCGAUGUUUCUGCCCGUUGGCAGUGGAAAGGCUUAUAUUUUCUGAUGGAAGAAUAUCAUCCAUGGAUCACUUGCUCUUCGAUGCAAGAGGAGCUCAUCGACAGUUGGAUGUCAGUAAUCUCGUUCUAACGGAGCAUUGGAAAAAAGCAUUUAGUAUUGAAAUACACAGAUGCUUAGUCCAAUCUCCAAUUCAUUUUUUUGCUACGCCCAUGUCUAUUUUCAUGUUGGAUACACUCAAAUUGGAACACUUGUGUAUGAUGAGAGACUCAUUCAAAUUGUUUCCAUUCGACAGACAGUGCUCAAUUAAAUUCAACAAUUUCGAGAACGAGGAGACUGCGAGUGUGGAGUUCGGUCGAUACUCUAAUGAUGGACGCACUACAUGUUGGUUCUUCUUGUUUCCAGGAACGAAUAACGUAAUGAGAUUCGAAAAAAGAUUCACCGGUCAACGUGAAAUAAAGAUCGAGAAUGUUGUCAUCCCACCUUCAGAUCUAGCCAGAAUUCCUUUCAAUAUUCUUCAAGUGUAA